AUGCCGGCGGGGCGCGUCCCGCGGCGGGGCCCCGCGCCCCCCGCGCCGCCCCGCAGCCCCCGCCGAGCCGCGAUGCCGGCGGCGGGGCGCGGGCAGCCCAGCCCCUGGCUGCUGGUGCUGGGCGCCGCCGCCCCCGCGCUCUGGCUGCGCUGCGUCCUCGCCGACUUCACGGUGGACAACGAGGUGCACUCCAGCUUCAUCCACCGGCGGCUGCGCGGCCCCGAGCGCCGCGAGAUGCAGCGGGAGAUCCUCUCCAUCCUCGGCCUGCCGCACCGCCCGCGGCCCCACCUCCACGGCAAGCACAACUCGGCCCCCAUGUUCAUGCUGGACCUCUACAAUGCCAUGUCCGUGGAGGAGGGGGCGGCGGGGGCCGCCGCCGAGGACGGCGAGGGCUUCUCCUACCCCUACAAGCCCAUCUUCAGCACCCAGGGGCCGCCCCUGGCCAGCCUGCAGGACAGCAACUUCCUCACCGAGGCUGACAUGGUCAUGAGCUUCGUCAACUUGGUGGAGCAUGACAGAGAGUUUCACCAUCAGCGCUGCCACUACCGAGAGUUCAGGUUUGAUCUCUCCAGAAUCCCAGAGGGGGAAGCGGUGACGGCUGCCGAGUUCCGGAUAUACAAGGAUUACAUCCGCGAACGCUUCGACAACGAAACCUUCCAGAUCAGCGUCUACCAGGUCCUCCAGGAGCACCCGGGAAGGGAUUCAGAUUUGUUCCUGCUCGACUCUCGAACGAUCUGGGCUGCAGAGGAAGGGUGGCUGGUGUUUGACAUUACUGCAACCAGCAAUCACUGGGUGGUGAAUCCCCAACACAACCUUGGCCUACAGCUCUCCGUGGAAGGCACUGAUGGGCAAAGCAUCAACCCCAAGCUGGCGGGUCUCAUCGGAAGGCACGGCCCUCAGAACAAGCAGCCCUUCACUGUCGCCUUCUUCAAAGCCACCGAGGUCCAUCUCCGCAGUAUUCGCUCCACGGGAGGGAAGCAGAGGAGCCAGAAUCGAUCCAAAACGCCAAAGAACCAGGAAGCUUUCCGGGUGUCAAACAUUGCAGAGAACAGCAGCAGUGACCAGAGACAGGCCUGCAAGAAGCACGAGCUCUACGUCAGCUUCAGGGACCUGGGGUGGCAGGACUGGAUCAUCGCUCCGGAGGGCUACGCUGCCUAUUACUGUGAAGGAGAAUGUGCUUUCCCGUUGAACUCAUACAUGAAUGCUACAAACCAUGCCAUUGUACAGACACUGGUUCACUUUAUAAACCCAGAGACUGUGCCGAAACCCUGCUGUGCUCCUACACAACUCAAUGCCAUCUCAGUGCUCUACUUUGAUGACAGCUCCAAUGUUAUCUUAAAAAAAUACAGGAACAUGGUGGUACGGGCAUGUGGCUGUCAUUAGACUUGUAGGAAAGAAAAAGAAGGAAGAAAAAAGUUAUUUGUAAAGAGUGGGUUUGUAUGGCUAUGUGGGGGAGGGGAACAUUUUAGCGCUCCAGCCAUGGGUUUAAAAAAAAUCCCAAACAGUUUUUAGGACCAGGCCUCUGAAAGAUCAGACAAUGGAACAGUUUCUGGAUCUAAAGUGGCAUUUGAACACAUUUUGUUUUAGUUUAUUGCAGACAAUGAGCUUGUAAACUGAAACAAGCCAGAGAAACUGUUUAAAACCUAAUCUGCCUACAAAAUUGGCUCCUACAAUACAUACUUUUGCAGAUGAGUCUUUCUGAAGAUUGCAAACUCACCAGUGUUGAUUGUGAGUUAAACAGUAAUAAUCUAUCUGAGGUGAGACUGUGCUGUGACUAAUAAGUGUGUGUAGUUCCUGUAACACAGUUUGCAAUAAAAUAACUGAACAAAAUA